ACCGGAAAUCAGGGUUCUUAUUUUGUGUUGGGGUUUACCGCCGUCAGCGUAACGUUAAUGAAACGCAGAGAGGCGUCUAUUAUUAUUUCAAUAAUAACUUAUUGAGUUAAACCGUGACUGUCGGAGCUCGUAAACACGCAGCGAGGAAAUGAAACGGUGUAUUAUAGUUUUGUUGCAGUUUCUGUUGGUGGGACAAAUCAAGAGCUGGGAUGACGGCAGCGUGCUGCUGCGGGACAUCCAGGUGUUGACUCUGUACAAGGGCCACUACACCACAGCGAGGCGCUCCAGCCCCGUGCCUCAGCUCCAGUGUGUUGGCGGCUCCGCAGGCUGCCAUGCCUUCGUUCCAGAGGUGGUCCAGUGCCAGAACAAAGGCUGGGAUGGAGUGGAUGUGCAGUGGGAGUGUAAGACUGACAUGGACAACGCCUACCGGUUUGGUCGCAUUGAGGUGAGCUGUGAGGGCUACAACCACCCUACUGAUGCCCACAUACUGAAGGGCUCCUGUGGGCUGGAGUACACACUGGAACUGACCGCAGAGGGCCGGAGGUCAACACAAGGCAGCUGGGGCUCCCACGACGGAUUCAAGGAAUUUGGAGGUUUUGGGGGCAUUGCCUCCAGUAUUUUCAGCAGUCUCUUUGGAAACCAGCAUCAGCGUCACCAGCAGAGCCAUCAGAGCCAGCAGAGUCAUCAGAGCCAGCAGAGUCAUCAGAGCUCUUACCCCUCAGGCAGCGGGGACUCUGGAGGCCUGCUGGUGGUCGCUGUGCUUCUGCUCUUAGCUUACGGAGUCUACAAGCUGUUCCUCAGCGGUAACAUGCCGCAGUGGGGGCAGGAUGGCAGACAGGCUGGUUACCAGGGAGAUAAUCACCAAGGCUACGCUGCAGGACCACCGCCCCCGGGAUUCAAACCUGACUUCACAGGCAACCCUGGUGCCAACCCAGGCUACGGUUUCCACAGUGACUACACUCAGGGACAGCAGUACCCAGGAGGCCAAGCUCCUCGUGGCACAGGAGGAAACUUCUGGACCGGCAUGGGAACAGGAGGGGUGCUGGGUUACCUGUUUGGCCGAGGAGGUCAGAGAAACCAGCCGUACAACUGUAACUCCUCAGCUUAUACUGACAACAGGCGUCCUGCUGCUGGAGGCUCCACCUCUUCUUCUGGGACACGCACUGCUUCAGGUUUUGGAGGAACCAAGAGAAGAUAGAAGCUGUGAAACAUGAUGGACGGCACUGAGAUGAAUAUAAGACGAGCUCCGUGUUGGCUGGAAGGUCAGACAUGACAAAAGCAGCAUGAAAAGACCCUCUCUCUAUGUAGGGAUGAACUUAAUGUCAAACAACAGCGGCAAGUGCUUCUGCGUUCCUCUGGAGAGGUCACUCUGAUGUCAGCUGCUGACAGGAAGCAGCUUUUUUUCUGUGAAAGUGUGAUUUCAGCUUUAGUGCUGUGUAGAAAAUGGUUUUACCUUUAUGAGUUUUAACAUGAUGAUCUUGCACUUUGAUUUCUUUUUUAGCAUUUUGAAGGCAAGAUAACAUUUCAGUGGGAGUAACAGUUAUAAAAUGUACAUAUUUUAUUCAUGUGGCCUUGUUAAGGAAAUAGCUGUUUUCUCUCUCUAAGCGUCUGUUGACUUUCUUUGUGUGAAUGCUCUGCAUCAGCAGCAGUUUGAUAUCUAUGAGUGCAUCUACAUGGACAUGAAUAACCUGUUUAUGAGGCACGUUUAUGAUCAUAUUCAGAAUAUGGUGUUAACAUUAGCACAGAGAAAUCAAGUUAUUCAUAUUCCCUGUAUACAUAAUCUUCUUUCACAGUACUCCAGCCAGCAUAUUUGGGUUUUUCAUGAAUGUAAUAUGGUGUUUGCAUACUCAAACACAGGAACAGGAUGCUCCAAAAACCUAAUCAUAAACAGGUUAUUCACGUCCAUGUAAACACACUUUAUAAAAACUGGAGCACCUUUAGCAUUUACAUAAAGUAAAAGGCAGAUGUGGAGAAAAGAAUAUCCACACAACAAAGGCACACAUGACAGAAAUUAUUUGAACUGGGGAAUCAGUAAAGGAUCAACAAUAAGGAUUGCCCAGUUGCCCAUGGCAAGUAAAAUGCCACAUCGGGCUAGUAAAUCUAGUAACUCAUUUGCCAGAUUGGGCAAGUGGUAAAAAAAGAAACGUUUCUGGAGAAGAUGAACGUCACUUCCUUCUCAUCUCUGCUGAGAGUUGCACGUGGCGCAGUCCCAGUUAAUCUUUUGUUAUUUGAUAAAUAUAGGGGCACAUACAGUUUGACUUUGGGCAGGUAGAUUUCUGGAAAACAAACAAAAACAAACAAACAAAAAAGACAUUAAACCCUGCUCAGUAAAGGCUCAUGGAACAACACCUGUAUUGUACAUUCAUCAUAUCUAAUAGCCCUCAUAUCUUUGCUUUCCAUGUAAUUUAAUAAACCAAAAGGAUUUUGAACCUGAACCUGAAA